UAUGCAGGAAGUACUGCUGUGUUUUUACACUGGGCACAUUUACAUUUGGGGAAGUUUUUUGUCCUGCUCUAUUAGUUAAACAGUACUUCAGUCACUGCUGGCCCUUUAAGUGUCUGAAAACUAGAACAAGAUGAUGUCUGCUUCCUAGAAAUGCUUCAGUCUGAAUCUUGUGGUCAGAAGAGUCAGAAGAAAAACAUUUUACUACUAUGUUAUUUGGGGAAUAAUGUCCUUUGGGUGACCCAUUUCUGUGUUCUGCCAGCAAUAAAGGAACUUUAACAACAAUAGCUCGAGUGUCAGAGAGAUCAAACAAAAGCAGGUACAGCAAAAACGUAGUAAGACAGAGUUGCAAACUGGCAGUCUGGAAGACUCUGUAUGAAUGUUCAUGGACACUGAUUUUUAAUUUACUUACAACAUGGCACUCCGGUCAAUCAUUUCCUCAGGAUGCCACUCUUACAAGCAAACCAUCUGGUUGUUUACUUUGCCUUUUUUGUUCAUUGAAACUGAAACUCUGCAAAGAAAUAGUACAGAGCAAAGAGUUCUGGAUCUUAUGAAGAGGGUCCCUUUGAUAGAUGGCCACAAUGAUCUUGCAUUGGAAUUAAGAAAACAGUACAGCAACAACCUGAGUAAAAUUAACUUAACAAACUUGAAAGGGACAAAAACAAAUAUUGAAAAACUGCAACGUGGGCAUGUUGGCGCUCAGUUCUUCUCUGCGUAUGUUCUAUGCUCUGCGCAGGAUAAAGAUGCAGUUCGUCUCACACUGGAACAGAUUGAUGUUAUUAAACGCAUGUGUAAUAUCUAUGAAGAAUUCGAAUUUGUUACAUCUUCAAAAGGCAUUAAAGAGUCAAAGAAGAUAGCUUGCUUGAUUGGUAUCGAAGGUGGACAUUCCAUUGACAGCAGCCUGGCAGCUUUGAGGAUGUUUUAUCACCUUGGAGUGCGAUACAUGACUUUAACUCAUGUGUGCAACACGCCAUGGGCAGAAACGUCAUCUGACAAGUACAGUAAGACUUACCAGCGAAAUGUCAGCCUUACAAGAUUUGGAGAGGAUGUUGUAAAAGAGAUGAAUCGCCUGGGAAUGAUGAUAGACCUGUCACACACCUCAGUGUCUACUGCAGAUGCUGUUCUUAACAUCUCUAAAGCUCCAGUGAUUUUUAGUCACUCGUGUGCGUCUGCUAUUUGCAACAUAAGCAGAAACAUCCCAGAUCAUACACUGAUGGAACUGAAAAAGAAAAAAGGCAUUGUAAUGGUGACCUUACCUACAGCGAUGAUUUCUUGCAGUGGCCCUGCUAAUAUCUCUUCCGUUGCAGAUCAUUUUGACCAUAUAAAGAAGAUCGCAGGUUAUGAAGCAAUAGGAAUUGGAGGAGACUAUGAUGGAUCGAACAGUUUUCCUGAUGGUCUGGAAGAUGUUUCCAAAUACCCAGCUUUAAUUCAAGAACUCAUGAACCGAAACUGGACUGAUGUGGAACUUGAAGCAGUUUUGCGGAACAAUAUACUCCGCGUUUUUAAAGAUGUGGAAGAUGUCAGAGAUAAUCUUACAUCAUAUCCACCAAGCAAUGCUGAAAUUCCAGGAAAAGAAGUUCAGAACCAGUGUCGACUAGAUCUCCAUAGUAUUAAAUCACCAGCUCAAUCCCUCACAGAACGGCAGACCUCAGUACAGAAUGCAGUCUUCAGAAAAGAAGCUACAAUAGCCAUCACAUUUAGCUGUGUCAUGUGUUGGAUGCAUUUCUGGUAGCCUUGCCUAGUACUUGCAAUGGUUUCUGUUGUGACUCAGUUAAAGACAUGGACUCAGGAGCAGCCAUUUUGUAUUGAUGACAAAGUGGAGAUAUUAGAAAUUACAAAAAAAUGGAAUUUGUAUGCUGUCAUUAUUCAUAUUAUGUAUCUAGUGAACACUGAGAGGUAUUUUGCUGACUAUAGAAUGUACAGCAAGGUGACGUCUCAGAAUAUUGAGUAGGAAUGAGGAAGGAGGUUUGUUCAGGCUGGAGAUAUAGUGAGAGUUACAGGUGGUGCUAAGAUUUGACAUAUCACCUUGCUGUGCAUUCUAUAGUCUUAUUUUAACACUGCAGAAAUCUUCAAAUAUAAAUUAUUUUAAAACUAUAAUGCUGCAAUAUUCACAAUGUGUUUAAACAGAUUAUUGAUUUAGCAGGAGUGCUGAAGUGUUAAUAAUAGAAAUAUGUAUUUUUUUCCUGAUGUGAUACGGGUAAUGACAUUUUGUACUCCUGAGGCUAAUUGAAGCUGUUGCAGUUUUUAAUGCUCAAAAAUCACCGUGGAUCCAAUUCUAGCUUUUGCUUUAUUCACUGAUGUAUUGGAACAACCAAUCCUAAGCUUGACGUUUGUGGGGAGGGAUAUGCGCCUCAUCAUUUAAGAGUUUAAGUUGCUUCCAGGAGUGUAGAGAUUUAUCCUGGCAUUCAUAUCUGACCCGUGAAGUCAGGUGUGCCCCUUCUUUUGUAAAUUGUUGGAUCUUGAAUGCUUACCUUUAUUUUGGAGGUCUUCUUCCACACACUACUACAGAUAAAUCAGUAACAUGUGAGCCCCUCUUAAAUUUAUAUGGUAUGCUAAACUUUCCCCUUCUCUAUCUGAUCUAUUAUUAUACAAAGCUGAUUUGCCUUGUUCAAGCCACAACCAAAUAUUACUUUGCCAUUUCUUGGGGUAGAGCCACUCAGCUGCUUUAUGAAUAUGUGCAUUAGCCUUUCUUAAUGAUAAUAACCGACCUCUGGCCAAUUCUCACCCAACACCGAAUUUCUUCUUUCAUCUCACUGAAGCCACUAAUAACCUAUUAGCAAAUGCUUACUGUUUCAUCUUUCAAAUUGUUUUUUGCACCAGUAUCAUUUCUAGGUAUUUUGUCAUCUUUUGAGUUCAGUCCAGCUGAUAUUAUACCCCAAGUACCCUUUAAUUUGAAUUCUUUGUCCUCCAUAAACACUCUUGUUUAUGUUACACAUGUAUUCCCUAUACCAUUGUUGCCUCACUAUCUCUGUUUUCCCUUUCUUUCCAUCAGUUUCCUUUGCUUUUACUUCUUGCAAUGUGUGCCUGACUCCCUUUAGACAAUGCUCCCUGCUUACUGCUGCUUUUCCACAUGAAUCAUGCUAUUCCUCUGUUAUUAUUUCAAGCAUCACAUUUCAAGUUCUGAGUUUUCUUUUAAAGCAACCAAGUAAUAAAUGUAUAACUAUCCAUAUCUGUAUAAUCUCUGAACUGCUUGAGAGUAUUUCACACUUUAUGUAAGUUGUGUAACAUGGUUAGUGUUACAUGUGUGUGUGCUGUUGGCUACCUGUGUAUUUUGUACUGAUAGGCAAAAACAUAAGAAAAACAGCAAUACAACCAUCUCAAAAUCCUUUAAUAAAAUCAAAUAAAACACAAAGCUUUCAAGUCUCACAGGAUUCUUCCUCAGUGUAAAAAAGGAGCAACUGCUACAAUCCCAUCAAUAUAUGUUGUUGUUUUUCUUUUGGCUUUUCCCGGUUAGGGGUCGCCGCAGUAGAACCCUGGUCUGCUAAUGA